AUGGCAGGUCUUGUUAAGGAGCCAGUGAAGGUGGUGAUAAUUAACACGGAGUACGUAGAGACAGAUGCGGGGAGCUUCAAGUCAGUGGUACAAAAGUUCACCGGCAAAGACUCUGCUCCUCCUGGAAAUGGUGAGAAGCGACGUCUAAAGAGAGGACUUUCUAGGAAAUUGGGAUCAAUGGAUCAGAUCAGGGCGAAAAGGGUUCGAUUGGAUGUUGAUGAUAAGGUGCCAAAUGCUAGUGGCAAUCCAGUUUUGAUGAGAGAUUUGUCGUUUAAGGAGUUUGAAAGAUUGCUUAAGGAAAUGCCAUUUGUGGAUGAGUUAUGCCGGUUAUGGCCUGAUUUUUAG